AACCUUGGCUCGACGUCAGAGCCUGUGCAGCAGUGCAGUAUAAUGGGAGCGCAAGCAACCCAGAGCGCCUCAUAGGGGGCUGCAUAUCGCUGCUGUAUCCUCUGCUUGGCGCUCUCUAGCUCCUCUCCAAACCCCUCUCCAGUACACCACCUAUAUAGCCCAUGCUCGGGCUCCCCCUCCUCCUCCCCACUGGAUCCGUACCCUUCGACAUGGAUGUCCCGCCGUCCCUCGACCCGGAGGAUUGUUGUUUCUUGGCGCAGUGAAGGAGGAGAAGGAGAAGGGGAAGGAAUCAUGCCGGGACUGCUAAUGGAUUUAGGGAAAGCGCAAGUGACCAUGCCGUGAUCUUGCGCAUCCAGGGCCGCCGUCACCCUGCCUUGCCCAACGACCGUAGAAGAAUUACGGGGGAAUCGAACCCGCGCACCGGGGGGAUUAAACCACUGUGCAUUUUUUUAAAAACAACAUGAAGAUUACCUCCCAUCAUCUGAUGAUAACCAGUCUCGUUUUCAGGUCCAACCUCAGGCUGAUCCCGCUUCUGCUGCUGUUUCUUGGUUACACUCGCGGGAUGCCACACGUUUUAAGAUUUGGAGGAAUAUUUGAAUCCAUAGAGAGCGGCCCUUCCGGAGCAGAGGAACUAGCCUUUAAAUUUGCCUUGAACACAAUCAACAGGAACCGCACCUUGCUCCCCAACACCACACUGACCUAUGACAUCCAGAGAAUAAACAUCUUCGACAGCUUUGAGGCCUCCAGGAAAGCAUGUGACCAGCUUUCCCUCGGGGUGGCGGCCAUUUUUGGCCCCUCACACAGCUCAUCGGCCAAUGCAGUCCAGUCCAUCUGCAACGCUCUGGGAGUGCCCCACAUCCAGACCAAGUGGAAGCAUCAAGUGUCAGACAACAGGGACUCGUACUAUGUCAGCCUGUUCCCCGACUUCUCCUCCCUCAGUAGAGCCAUCCUCGACCUGGUGCACUUCUUCAAGUGGAGAACGGUCACUGUGGUCUAUGACGACAGCACAGGUACAGGUCUCAUUCGACUGCAGGAGCUGAUCAAGGCGCCAUCCCGAUACAACAUUCGUUUGAAGAUCCGACAGCUGCCCACAGAGACCAAGGACGCCAAGCCACUUCUGAAGGAGAUGAAGAAAGCAAAGGAGUUCCAUGUCAUCUUUGAUUGUGGACAUGAGAUGGCUGCCUGGAUCCUAAAGCAGGCCCUGGCCAUGGGUAUGAUGACAGAGUACUACCAUUAUAUUUUUACUACCCUGGACCUCUUUGCCCUGGACAUGGAACCGUAUCGUUACAGUGGAGUCAACAUGACUGGGUUCCGCAUCCUCAACACAGAAAACUCUCAGGUGUCAUCAAUCAUCGAGAAGUGGUCAAUGGAGCGUCUACAAGCCCCGCCUAAACCCGACUCAGGCCUGCUGGAUGGAUUCAUGACGACGGAUGCAGCGCUGAUGUAUGACGCCGUGCAUGUGGUGGCGGUGGCGGUGCAGCAAUCGCAGCAGAUCACUGUCAGCUCUCUGCAGUGUAAUCGCCACAAGCCGUGGCGCUUCGGAGGGCGUUUCAUCAACCUCAUCAAAGAGGCUCACUGGGAUGGUUUGACAGGACGUGUUCUCUUCAACAAGACCAAUGGACUGAGAACAGAUUUCGACCUGGAUGUCAUCAGUCUGAAGGAAGAGGGGCUGGAAAAGAUUGGAACAUGGGAUCCUCCUAGCGGUCUGAAUAUGACAGAAACUCACAAAAGCAAGACAUCCAACAUCACUGACUCUCUGGCUAACAAAUCCCUGCGUGUAUCAACCAUACUGGAGGAGCCAUAUGUGAUGUUUAAGAAGUCAGACAAGCCUCUGUAUGGGAAUGACCGUUUCGAAGGCUACUGUAUUGACCUGCUGAGGGAGCUCUCUGCCAUCCUGGGUUUCCGCUAUGAAGUGCGAUUAGUAGAAGAUGGGAAGUACGGCGCGCUGGACGAGAGCACAGGCCAAUGGAACGGCAUGGUGCGGGAGCUCAUGGACCAUAAAGCAGACCUGGCAGUGGCUCCUCUGGCCAUCACCUAUGUCAGAGAGAAGGUCAUUGACUUCUCCAAGCCCUUCAUGACGCUGGGGAUAAGUAUCCUGUACCGCAAGCCCAACGGGACCAACCCCGGGGUCUUUUCCUUCCUCAACCCCCUCUCACCCGAUAUCUGGAUGUAUAUUCUGCUGGCUUGCUUGGGUGUCAGUUGUGUGCUGUUUGUCAUAGCCAGGUUUAGCCCUUAUGAGUGGUACAACCCGCAUCCAUGCAACCCCGACUCAGAUGUAGUGGAAAACAAUUUUACGCUGCUCAAUAGUUUCUGGUUUGGAGUUGGGGCUCUCAUGCAGCAAGGCUCAGAGCUCAUGCCCAAGGCUUUGUCGACUCGAAUAGUGGGAGGCAUCUGGUGGUUCUUCACCCUCAUCAUCAUCUCCUCGUACACGGCCAACCUGGCUGCCUUCCUCACCGUGGAGAGGAUGGAGUCGCCUAUAGACUCAGCCGACGACCUGGCCAAACAGACAAAAAUCCUGUACGGGGUGGUGGAGGACGGCGCCACCAUGACCUUCUUCAAGAAGACAAAAAUCUCCACCUAUGACAAGAUGUGGGAGUUCAUGAACAGCAGGAGGCAAUCUGUGAUGGUGAAGAACGUGGAUGAGGGCAUCCAGCGCGUGCUGACCUCGGACUACGCCUUCCUCAUGGAGUCCACCACCAUCGAGUUUGUCACCCAGCGCAACUGCAACCUCACGCAGAUCGGAGGCCUCAUAGACUCCAAAGCCUACGGAGUGGGAACACCUAUGGGCUCUCCAUACAGAGAUAAGAUCACAAUAGCCAUUCUGCAGCUGCAGGAGGAAGGGAAGCUGCACAUGAUGAAGGAGAAGUGGUGGCGAGGGAACGGCUGUCCCGAGGAGGAGAGCAAAGAGGCCAGCGCUCUGGGGGUGCAGAACAUCGGCGGGAUCUUCAUCGUGCUGGCUGCAGGACUGGUGCUGUCAGUGUUCGUGGCUGUGGGGGAGGUCCUUUACAAGUCUAAACAGAACGCACAGCUGGAGAAGCGAUCGUUCUGCAGCGCCAUGAUGGACGAGCUGCGCGUGUCUCUGAAGUGCCAACGCCGCCUCAAACAGAAGCCUCAGCCGCCCGUCAUCGUCAAGACGGAGGAGGUCAUCAACAUGCACACGUUCAACGACAGGAGACUCCCAGGAAAGGAAACCAUGGCAUGAGCACUGAACGUAGCCCACCCCCCCCCACCCCCUCACUUGACAUACAUGGAGGGGGAGACAGGGUCGAAUUAAUGCUGACUUAACCACAAACUGAGGUUAGCAGUCAAAACAGGAUUCCUUUUGAACCUACUUGCUUAUGUAGACAGAUGUUUCCUGUGGAAAUAUAUAGAUACCUGAGCAGUGUCACCUCACUGUGACAUUCACUUCUUGAAGGGAGCUGGAAAGGAAGGACUCAUUUGUGUUUGUGUUGAUAAAGUAUGUAAAUUGAAAUGAUCCAAGCAGGUUUGGGACAAAACAUAAGUCUGGUCCACACUAGAGGUGGAUUUAAACACACACAUAACACAUGUAUGCUCUCUCACACACACACACACACACACACACACACACACACACACACACAUACACAAGCACACACAAACACGAACACACACUCAUCUGACACACCUGUGCAGAAGAGACAACGCUAUUGUGACAGUAACACCAGAUGUAGUUUUUCUGUUGAUGUCAAUGCCCUUUUGUCUUACCUCCAUGUGUGUGUGACCCCAUCAGCCCCUCCCUUCAGUGGCUUGAGUUUCUUUCCAAUGAUUUGGACGAACACUAAUCUCACACCGACAAAGGCAACGGUAGACAGAGCCAAAUGGUUUGCUAUGAACUGAUGUAUAAAAGUGAUAUUUAGUUUGAAAUCAUCUAUGCUGACCUUGUUGAAUACUCAUCGUUUUUUUUUUUUUCUGUAAUGCCUUUCUUGUGCCAAAGUUCUGCCCUUGUAAAGAACUUUCUACCAUGCCUAUUAUUAUGUUCAAAGCCUCUACAAGCAACGUAUACUGUCAAAGUCCUCCUCCAUGUCCGUCCUUACACGGUCUGCGGUUUUCACUCUGUAUCAGUUGUUGUUUAAAAUGCAGUAUUUCUACAAAAAUGUUUGUUUUUGUACAAGAACAAGAAGUUUUGUAGUACUUUGUAUCAUGGUAGCCCCUCCUGUGGACAACAUAUGUAGCAGAUACUAACUCAGCCCUCAAACUCUGACAACUGGUGGCUGUGGGGCUUCAAAACUCUGCUGUGUAGGGUUCAUCUCUCUCUCAUCACUCAGAGAUUAAGUCUUUUUUUUUUCUUUUUUUUUUUCCCGUCAGUCUCGUGGGGCCUGCUGUACAUAGUGUCUGGGGACAAUGUGGUGGAUUUCAGUGGGUAAGAACAAUGAAAAUUUAAAAGAAGUAGGUGACUCAUUCUAGAAAUUGCAACUGUCAGCGAAAGCACACUGACAAGCGUGGUUAAGUAACAGUGGUUAUGAUGAGUCACCAUGAAAGACAUAGUAAAAUAUGGAAGUGUUGCUUGUGUUAAAAAUGAACCUAAGUGUAGAUACCAGGCUGCAAUGUUGUUAUCACACUACAUUUUCGCCUUAAGAUACUGUAAAAAGAAAUACAAAUUUUAUCAUGGGAUUUUUGACUAGUAUCAAAUCUCAAAGUCUUACUUUUUUAAACUAGUGAAAAUAAUUAUAUAAUUAUACUAUAUACUAUAACCAAUACUGGGUUUUUGAGACCAUUACUUAUGAUGAUAUGUUGGCCAAUAGUUAAAUACAUAACAUAAACAAACUGUUUUGAUAAGGACACAUACUAAGUGGAACAUAUGACAGUUAAAAACAUCAACUUGUAAGUGCUCUCUGGUGGAUAAACUGUUUCUAAAUGACCUUUGACCUAUUUUUACAUUUCUGUACUGCAAUUUCUUGUUACUUAGCAGCUGACAUAUACAUCCAUAUCAAUAUAUCUGCUAUAAGCUAAUGUUGGCCCAGCCGAUUUAUUGGUGUAGCUAUAAAAAUAAUCAGUCUGUGCGCUAAGGCUGUCCUCUCGUCAUAUGUUCUAUACAAAUCAAGUUUUCUCAAAAAUUUAUUAGCAAUUUGUCACUAUCUAUAACCAAGGCAAGGAAUAUGACAGAUGGCUGCACCUGAAUGAAGAGAAAAUAGUUGAUUUGUAUUUGAAAUAGGUGGAAAUAAUCUCAUACCGCCGGAAGAUGUUUCUCACUUAUUUCAGAAAAUAUUACCUUUAGGACUACAUAGCAGACAAAAAUAACUUGAUGAGCUGUAGACUGUUGCACCACAAUGUCCAUUUAGCAGCUGAUCUGCAGUUUUCAGUCGUAUCAGAUGAUCUUCAUCAGCAGAUGGACUUUGCCCAGUUGUUAUGAAGUUUCAUUGUCUAUUUCAGCUUUUAAGCUUUUUAAAAAAUGGAAAUCCGAACAUCUAUACCUUUAAUAACUUACAACUCCAUUUGCUGAUGAAGAUCAUGUAAUAUGACAGAAAGCUCCAGAUUAGCUACUAAAUGGUGAAAUGUGGUGAUAAUUUUUUUUCAGCUGCUGAUUCCAAGAAGGAGCCUGAUAGGCCGCUUGUGAAUGUAGGAAACAGUGCAUCUGCAGCGAGUCUGAUGUGGGAAUAAACAGCAGCUUCGAGGCUCUUGCCGUAUGUUGCCAUAGCAAAUGUCUCACCUUUGCUCAUACGCCAGGCGCCACUUCACUCAUGUUGCCUCAAUCUCAGCAACUCGAGCCGUGAUGUUGAUGAUAGCUUAUGGGCAGAGAAGAUCAUUUAUCCACUAAUUGUCUCCAAAUGCGUAUUCUCUCCACAGAGUGACACGAUCACAUCUGGCCCCACGACACCUCUUGUCUGUUAACUCUGUUCCAUGUUGUGAAAUGACAAGCAUACUCGGUAGGUCACUACAUCACUGCCCCUGUCUUCCCACUCUACCCAGUUCACCAUCUGAUCUGUUAUUCCAGGGAUUUUAAAGACAAAAAAACAAACAAACAAAGACCCACACAAGGGCCAACGCCAGUGAUGACAUCUCCGCUGUACAUGAAUGGAUAUAGUUAAUGACUUAUUUAACAACCACGUAUAAUAUAUAUUAUGAAAACCGACAGGGAAGACGUAAGCCUGAAGCUACCAGUGUUGCUUGUCAUUUUCCAUCCGGCUAAAUCUAUUGGUGCGAGCUGAAGUGAUUGAAUACCCUGGAAACAUUUAUUAGAGACGACUCCAAAGGCUUCGCUGUCCUGUUGAAAACAAGUAUGAGCUCAUGGAAUUUGACAUUGAUGCAAGGUUUUACAAAUAAUGUCAUUAAAAAUGUCAUCAUUGUA